AUGCUUCUUCUUCCUCAAGCCCUAAGCCAGGAGGAGAGAUUCCUGUCUCGAUCUCAGCUAGCGUGCCUCAUCCAAUCCUGCGCCAGUGCGGGCGAUCUUUCCUCGACGCGGCAGCUCCACGCGCGAGUUCUCGCAUCGCAGGACAGAUACCUUGCCAAUCUCUUGAUCCAGGCCUACGGCAAAUGCGGCAGCGCGAGCGACGCGGCCGAUGUGUUCGCGCAGCUCAUCGAUCCAAAUGUCUUCUCCUGGAAUUUCAUGAUCUCGGUGUACGCCCAGAACGGUCUCGUCGAUCACGCCAGGCGGCUGUUCGAUCGCGUCCCGCAACCCAACGUCGUCACGCACACGAUCAUGGUCCAGGUUCUUGCCGAGAAUGGGCAUCUGGACGAGGCGGAGGAGCUCUUCGAUAGAAUGGCCGAUCGAAACGUUGUGUCGUGGACGACGAUGCUGGCGGCGUAUGGGCGGAGCGGCAAUGUCGGCAAAGCGGAGCAUUGCUUCCGCCAGAUGCCCGUCAAGAAUGCCGUGACGUGGAGCGCCAUGCUCUCGGCAUAUGCCGCAAAUGGGCAUCUUGAGCAAGCUAAAGAACUUUUUGACCUAAUUCCAGUUAAGAGCGAGGUGGCAUGGACGGUCAUGAUGCAAGCUUUUGCGCAGUGCGGGUAUCUUGAGGAGGCCAAGAGCUUGUACGAUGCAACGCCUGUAAAGAACAAUUUUUCGCAGAGUACGAUUAUCUCGGCAUAUGCUCAUUUUGGGCAUCUUGAUAUGGCCAAGAGAAUCUUCCAUCGCCUGGAGUCUCCCAAUGUGGUUGUGGUGACCGCUAUGUUACAAGCGUACUUACAGCACGGAUGCCUUGAGGAUGCCCGGAAUCUCUUUGAUACUAUGCCCUGUAGGAAUAUUGUGUCCUGGACUGUCAUGGUCGUGGCAUAUGCCGAAGCGUGGCAAAUUGACAAAGCCAAGGCUCUCUUUGAUGAAAUGCACGAAAGGAAUCUAGUGGCCUGGACUGCCAUGCUCAAAGUCUAUGCGGAACUUUGCAGCAUUGACAAUGCCAAGUCAUUUUAUGAGAGAAUGCCCGAGUGGAAUUUAGUGGCAAUCACCUCAAUGGUGGCUGCAUAUUCCCACUCCGGGCAUCUUGAGGCUGCGAAGCAUCUCUUCGACUCCGUUCCUCGGGACGAACGGGACGACGUUAUCUGGAACACAAUGCUACAGGCCUACGCCGAGAACAACGAACUCGCAUCAGCGAAGAGCUUGUUCGAUCACGGGAUGCCUCAACGAACCGUGGUAACUUGGAGCGCCAUGGUUCAAGCUUACGCUCGAAACCGUGAGCUGGAAGCGGCAAAGUUCGCGUUUGAUUCCAUGCCGGAGCGUAACACGACAUCGUGGUCGACCAUCAUCGGGGCCUACGCUCAAAAUGACAAGCUGGUGGAGGCCAAAGAGCUGUUUGAUCGGGUACUGGCGCGAGAUGUUGUUACCUGGAACACCCUCGCUGCUGGCUACUGUCGGCUCGGCCACUGCCAAGACCUUCUAGAUCUCUUCCGGGCGAUGCUCUUGGAGGGUCUCACUCCCACAGACGUCUCGGUCUUGUGCGUUCUCGUUGCCUGCGCGCACAGCCACGCCGGAUCGUUCUUCCGAGAGGGACGGAGACUGUUUGUCAGCUUGGAGCUUGAUUACAAACUGGAGCGAACGAUGCAGCACUACUGCUCCAUGGUGGAUCUUCUCGCGAGGUCGGGACAGGCGAAAGAUGCCCAGGAGCUGAUCGACACAAUGCCAUUCGUGCCCGAUAGCGUCGCGUGGACCGUGUUGCUCGGUAGCGGCCAGUUCCACCGCAGGUCUAUAUCUCCCAGUGCAAAGUCUGCUGUUGCUAAGCUCCUCGGUUCUUCCAAACUAGACUUCGGCGGCUCGGCCUCUCACGUUUUGCUCUCCAACAUCUACGCAUCUAGCAGAUGA